AUGUCUGACUGGGAUACUAAUGUUGUUAUUGGUUCAAGGGCUAGAGCUGGUGGUUCUGGUCCAAGACAAAACGUAGCUAGAACUAACGCUCAAAUUAACGCUGCCAGAAGAACCGGUAACGUUCUUUCCGUCGAUAAGAAGUAUGGUACUACUAAUGCCAAGGGAAACAACGAAGGCCAAAGAUUGACUAUGGUCGACCGUGAAACUGACAUUGUCAAAUUAAAGAAAUUAGACCCUGCUGUUGGUAAAGCUAUUUCAAAGGCAAGAACAGAAAAAAAAUUGUCUCAAAAGGAUUUGGCAACAAAGAUUAAUGAAAAGCCAACUGUGAUAAACGAUUAUGAAGCUGGUAGAGCUGCUCCAAACCAACAAAUUUUAGGUAAGAUGGAAAGAGCUCUAGGUGUCAAAUUGAGAGGUAAGGAUAUUGGUCAACCUCUAGGUGGUCCAAAAAAGAAGUAA